AUGGGGCGGCGGGAAGCUGGGAGGUGGGAGCUGCCGUCGCGGAGCCCCGGCGGGAGCAUGGCCCUCGCCGCGCCGCUGCUGCCACCGCUGCCGCUGCUGCUGCUGCUGCUGCUGGGGCGGCCGGGGCUGGGGGCGCCGGGGCAGGGCGCGGGCACCUGGUCCCGCUUCGCCCGGCUGCCCUACCCGCAGGACCAGCUCUUCCUCCACGACACCUUCCCCGACGGCUUCCUCUGGGGCGCGGGCAGCGCCGCCUACCAGACGGAGGGCGGCUGGCGCCAGGGCGGCAAGGGCGCCUCCGUCUGGGACACCUUCGCCCACCGCCCGGCCACGCCGUCGGGGGCCGCCCCGCCGGGGCCCGUGGGCGGCGACGUGGCCAGCGACAGCUACAACAACCUGUUCCGCGACGUGGAGGGGCUGCGGCGCCUGGGGGUCUCGCACUACCGCUUCUCGCUGUCCUGGGCCCGGCUGCUGCCCAACGGGACGGCGCCGCCCAACCCGGCCGGGCUGGCGCACUACGGGCGGCUGCUGGCCCGCCUGCGGGAGCUGGGCGUCGAGCCCGUGGUCACCCUCUACCACUGGGACCUGCCGCAGGCCCUGCAGGACGCCUUCGGCGGCUGGGCCAGCCCCGUCCUGCCCGGGCUCUUCCGCGACUACGCCGAGCUGUGCUUCCGGCACUUCGGCGGGCAGGUGCGCUACUGGCUGACCAUGGACAACCCGUACGUGGUGGCCUGGCAUGGCUACGGCACGGGGCGGCUGCCGCCCGGCGUGCGGGGAGGCCCGCGCCUGGCCUACCUGGCCGCCCACCACCUGCUCCAGGCCCAUGCUAAGGUCUGGCAUCUCUACAAUGACCAUUUCCGUCCAGCUCAAAGAGGAAAAGUGUCCAUUGCCCUCAGCUCCCACUGGAUAAAACCCCAGCGUAUGACUGAAAAGAACAUAAAAGAAUGCCAAAAAUCCCUUGAUUUUGUGCUUGGCUGGUUUGCUAAGCCCAUAUUCAUUGAUGGUGACUAUCCAGAGAGCAUGAGGAGCAACCUCUCAUCUCUGUUGCCUGAAUUCAGUGAGGCUGAGAAGAAGUAUAUCAAGGGAACAGCAGACUUCUUUGCUCUUUCUUUUGGAGCUACCCUGAGUUUCCAGCUUUUGGACUCCCACAUGAAAUUCCAGCAGUUGGAAUCAAUAAGCCUGAGGCAGCUCCUUUACUGGAUAAACAGUGAAUAUAACAACCCCCAAAUAUUCAUUGUGGAGAACAGCUGGUUCGUUUCUGGUACCACCAAGAAAGAUGAUGCCAAAUAUAUUUACUAUCUCAAAAAGUUCAUUAUGGAAACUUUAAAAGCUAUCCGGUACGACGGAGUUAACGUGUUUGGCUACACAGUCUGGUCCCUCCUGGAUGGCUUUGAGUGGCACAGGGGGUACAGCAUUCGCCGUGGACUGUUUUAUGUUGAUUUUCAAAGCCAUGACAAGAAGCUGAUGCCCAAAUCUUCUGUCUUGUUCUAUCAAAAGUUGAUAGAAAAAAAUGGUUUCCCACCUUUGCCUGAAAACCAGCCCAUAGAAGGUAUUUUUCCCUGCGGCUUUGCUUGGGGAAUUGUUGACAACUACAUUCAGGUAGACACGACACCUGCCCAGUUCCUUGACUCCAGUGUUUAUGUGUGGGAUGUUCACCAGACAAAGAAGCUCAUUAAAGUGGAUGGAGUUUACGCCUCGAAGCGCAAGCGUCACUGUGUUGACUUUGCUGCUAUCAGGCUCCAGAUCUCUCUUCUGCAAGAAAUGCAUGUCACACACUUCCAUUUUUCACUGAAAUGGUCUUUAAUCCUUCCUUUAGGUAACCUUUCUCUAAUCAACCACACACUUGUACAUUACUAUCAGUGUUUUGCUAGUGAACUCCUCAGGGUUAACAUAACUCCUGUCGUUGCUUUAUGGCAACCUAUGAUUGAGAAUCAAGAGCUUCCAGUUUCUCUUGCCAAAUAUGGUGCUUGGGAAAACACAGAAACUGUUCAUGCUUUUGUUGAGUAUGCCAGAUUCUGCUUUACAAGUCUCGGGGACAAUGUCAAAUUUUGGAUCACCAUGAAUGAACCGUCUGUGAAAAACCUGACGUACACAGCAGGGCACAACCUGUUGAAAGCCCAUGCAAAAGUCUGGCAUCUUUAUGACAAAGAAUUCAGGAGAUCUCAGAAGGGCAAGAUAUCUAUAGCUUUGCAAGCUGACUGGGUAGAACCAGCUUGUCCCUUUUCCAGGAAUGACCAAGAAGUUGCUGACAGAAUUUUAGAGUUCGACAUUGGCUGGCUUGCAGAGCCCAUCUUUGGGAGCGGAGACUACCCAGAGGUGAUGAGAGCGUGGCUUCACCGAAGAAACAGUGUUGACCUGUAUAAUUUCCACUUGCCUUACUUCUCAGAAGAUGAAAAGAAGUUAAUACAGGGCUCAUUUGACUUUUUUGCCUUGAGUCACUACACUACUACUCUUGUGGGCUCAGAGAAAGAAGAUGCAGUAAAAUAUGAUCACUUCCUUGAAGUUCAAAUGAUCAAUGACAUCACGUGGCUUCACUCUCCCAGCAGAGCUGCAGUAGUGCCCUGGGGGCUGCGUAAAUUGCUCAAGUGGGUGAAAUCAAAGUAUGGCAAUGUCCCAAUUUAUGUUAUGGCUAAUGGGAUUGAUGAUGACCAGAAUAUGGUGUAUGAUAAGCUCAGAGUGUAUUACAUACAGAAUUACAUCAAUGAAGCUUUAAAAGCUUACACCUUGGAUGAUGUUAACCUUCAAGGAUAUUUUGUCUAUUCUUUUAAUGACAAGACUGCUCCUAAGUAUGGUCUCUACAGCUAUGUUGCAAAUCAAUAUGAACCAAAACCUUCUCUGAAACAUUACAGAGAAAUAAUUGGCAAUAACGGUUUUCCUGGUCCUGAAACUCCUGAGUUGCUGUGUCCAGAAGAGGUUGCCUCAUGUGCCGAUUGUCACUUCUUCCGAAUGAGAAAAUCCUUGUUAGCCUUUAUCUCUUUUGUAUUUGUUGCGUUUGUUGUUACUCUUUUCUUCAUUACUUACUACUCCAAGAGGGUGGAAAGACAGUAUAAAUAG